ACGAUGGUUAAUAUCUCUGAUUUUUCCGGUGACGGCGAUCUAAACAAGAAACCAGAAGAAGGAGGUUUAAGAAGAAGUAGAAGAAUCGCGACAAGAAACGAGAAUCAAAACAAGAAGCCGAAGAAAGAAGAAGAAGAAGAAGAAGAGAAAGGUUCGAUAUGUUUCCCAAUUCCAAACGAUGUCACCGAAGCCUGCGUCGCACUCGUCCGGAGAUGUAAUUACCCAAAUCUAUCAUCCGUCUCCAGUUACUUUUUUAAUAUGAUUGCUUCGUCAAGUCUCUACGAAACGCGUUCCCGCCUCGGUCUCUCGGAAACGUUUAUUUAUGCAUCGAUCCGACUCCCUGGGGUAUAUCUCCCAAGCUGGCACAUUCUCCAUCGAGACAAGGCUUCUUCUUUACGAUUGACCAGACUCGGUUCACUUCCACCCGUGCCUUAUGGAUCUUCUGUCGUCACAAUCGGUUUAGAGAUGUAUGUAAUCGGUGGAGUCCUCGACCGAAAACGCUUACCGUUAAUGAAUGUCAUCGACUGCAGAACUCACAAGUGUCGCUCGCUCCCGAGAAUGAAAAGGGGUCGUUACCGUGCAGCCGCCGGAGUAAUUGACGGAAAGAUUUACGUUAUCGGAGGUUGCACGAUGCGGGGACCAUCGGAGUCGGAAUGGAUCGAAGUGUUCGAUCUAGAGAAACAGAUUUGGGAAUCUUUGCCUGGUCCGUACCCUAAAUCCACUUCGUCUUGCGAGUUCGGGGCAUCUGUGGUAAUGGAAGACAAAGUUUACAUCGUGGAUAAUAAACGUAGUUUGGUUUACGAACCGAAAAGAGGCGGUGAAUGGGACGAAUCCGUCGGUGAAACUCCAAUAAGGAAUUUGUGGAAAGUGUCAUGUCCUGUGCAAUGUGUGGUUGAUGAUAUGCUGUAUACAAUCGAUCUUCACUCUACUCUUGGACAUCCAAUAGUCGUAUAUGAUCCAAAGGGCAAGACUUGGAGACCUGUGAAAGGUGAAUCUUUAGGGAGAUUGCCUAGUUAUCUCGUUUCUAAUCGGUCUGAAAUGGCCAAUUUUGGUGGAAAGCUGGUGAUUUUGGGCAGUAACAAUUGCAUUGGGGAAAACGGUAUGUGGUGCGCAAUCAUUGCGUUGGAUAGACGUGAAGGAGGUGAGAUUUGGGGGAAGGUCGAAUCACUCGACUGUGUGCUUGGAGGCUUCAACUUCCUGAUCGUUCGGCUUUGCCAAACUCUUACCAUUUGAUGAUUGAUGCAUACAUGCCCAUGGUUUCUUCCAGCUAUAUAUGUUUAUGUGAUUUCAGUAUGACUCUCUCUUUUUUUAAAAAAAAAAAACGAUAUUCAAGUCUUUUCUUUAGCCUCAAGGCUUAAUUGUCUUUUUGGUGAUGAGUUUAAGGAUCUUUUAGCGCUUUUUUGAUCUGAGAGCAAAUAUUUGAGGCCUCUAGAGGAGUAAC